AUGCGUUGUUUAAUUGCAUUUUACUUUCAGCAAAAAAUAACUGAAGAAAUAAUAAUUCCUCCUGCUGUCAAUGAUAAUACGAUAGAAACUGUGCCUAUUUUAAACCAAACUGAAGUGAAUCAAGGAAAUGAAUUUGAAAAAAUUGAAAGUGUACGUAUUAUUGAAUCGAGUGACGAAGAUGAAGACAACAUUUCAAAAGACAAAAAUUACAUUCCAGAAGAACCUCGCAAUAAAAUUGUAAGUGAUGAUUUAAUAGAUUUGGUGAAAACGAUUACGAGAUCAUCUGGCAAAAAAUUUAAACUGGAUAUUUCCAAUGAAGAACGUAACAAACUUCUAAAAGUGUCUGAAAAAAUUGAAAUUCAAUUAAGGGGUGAGAAACCUUUAGAAAACGAGCUGAACGAAAUGUGGGUCAAUGACUUGAAAGAUGCCAUUUCAAAACAAACAUCAAAAUCUGAAAAAAUUUUUCUUUUAACAACAAUUCCAGUUGACUUGAGCGUUCGAAAAACUGCAAAAUUGUUCAGCGUUUCACGUCGUUUAGCAGCUAGAGCAAAACAAUUGCGCUUAAAGAAGGGAUAUGCAUCUCACGUUGAUCCAAAACCUGGUCACCCCAUGGACUUAUCUAUAAAGAAAAAAGUAAAUCAAUUUUACCUAUCUGACGAAGUGAGUCGUGUGUUACCUGGGAGAAAAGAUUUCAAAUCAGUGGUAAUUGAUGGAAAACGACAGCAUUUAACAGGCAUAAAGGAGAUUUCAUUUCAUCAGUGGCUCACGACUGACAGAGAUUUUUGUAAAGAACUAUCAGAGGAACAGGAAAAAGAGAAUGAAGAAGAGGAGGAAGAGGGAGUAGAUGAAGAGGAAGUGGAUGAAGAGGAGAGAGUGGAUGAAGAGGAGAGAUUGGAUGAAGAGGAGAGAUUGGAUGAAGAGGAGAGAUUGGAUGAAGAGGAGAGAGUGGAUGCAGAGGAGAGAGUGGAUGAAGAGGAGAGAGAGGAUGAGGGAGAUGAGGAAGAAAGACAGAGGAGGAAGUGA